AACACUGGCCCAGUAUUGAGGGAGGAGCGACGCGCGUUAGCUACAUGUUCUUCCUGUGUGCUUUCUUGUCUGUUUGCAAGGGUUACUGCGGAACAUAUUUUACUUUACAGGCCCCAGUCGGAUCGGAUCAAAAUGAUUAUCCCAGUCCGGUGCUUCACCUGUGGGAAAAUCGUUGGGAAUAAAUGGGAGGCGUACCUUGGCCUCCUUCAAGCUGAAUACACUGAAGGUGAUGCCCUUGAUGCUCUUGGUCUGAAGAGGUAUUGCUGUCGGAGGAUGCUGCUGGCUCAUGUAGACCUCAUUGAGAAGUUGCUGAAUUAUGCACCCCUGGAGAAAUGAUGGAUACAACAACCACAUACAAGAAUCAUAUGGCUUAUUUAUUAACAAGCCCUGGCUGACUGCCAGUGAGGCAGUGCACCCUGAUGGAUUGACAUCCAAGAGACUAUUUUCACAUCUUGUUUGAAUCGUAAAUGUUUUGUUGAAUAAAGCAAUAAAUACUCACUUAAGUGCUUUGUAAAGCAGA